AUGACGGGCCGACAUGAAUUUUCAAUUUUUCGAAAUUUCAACCUAUCCCAACCUAAAUUGAAAUAAAAGAAACUAACUCAACACAACAUUUAUAGUUUGGUUGAGUAGUAUGAGUUUAUUGAGUUUCCGAGUCAUAUAAACACUCUUAUCAAACGAAAUGAAACUAAAAAGUCAAGAUUCUUCUACUCGAGCAAUCCGAACCAAUGCCCUCCCUGUUCUGUUACUGUUUUUGUUUAGUUAAUGUUUGAAUAGGGAGGGGUAAAUCAGGCAAAUGGGGAAGAUUGAAAGGAAUUUCAUCAUAUAAACAAAUAUAUAAAAUGAAGAAGAAAAAUAAAAUCCAGUAGUCCCUACAGGACUGCAGAAACUCAUCCUUGUCUCGUCUUGUGUUUUCUUCCUAUUUAGUAAUUUCCAGAGAGAGAGAGAGAGAGAGAGAGAGAGAGAGAGAGAGAGAGAGAGAGAGAGAGAGAGAGAGAGAAAUUCUUUGUUUCUCUCUGCAGAAUUGCUAUAUGUACAUCACACCCAAAGGAUCUUUCCCUUUUAUCUUCUCAACCUCGUGAGUUUCUUCUCUCUUCUUCUUGUUCUUCUCUGUUUUUUUAGGAAAUUCAGACUGUGAAAAUUAGAAAUCAGAGUGUUUGUUUUCUUUAUUGGGUUAGUGAAUUAGUAGUGUUCUUGUUUGGUGAGAGAUUACCCAUUUCCAUGGAAGUUCGAAAUUCCUUUGGUUUUCUUGGGGCUAGAGAGAGAUAAACUGGGAAAUAAGAAGAGAGAGAGAAGGGGGAUUUUGUUUUUUGAAGUUUUGGGGUUUUGGGAUUUUGGUUUCUCUUGGAUUUUUCCUUUCUUUUUUCCCUUUUUGAGCUAAGGAUCUUGUUUUUGUUCUUGUUCUUGUUCUUGUUUGGAUUUUUCUUAGGUAGGGUUUAAGGGUUUAGAAGAAAACCGACACUCAUUUCCUCCAAUUUUCCAGGUUUGUGAUGGAAUUGAGGUGUUUUGGAGUUUCAGGAUUUGGGAUUUUUCUUUGAAAUCUCGAGAAAAACUUUCUUGGUAACCAAACAGAAUUUACAGGGUGUGUGUAUUUUGUUGCUUUGUUCUAACUCUCCAAUGUCUUCUCCAUUCAUAAGUGGUGGUGGAAGAGCUUACAAUUUCGACCUUGAAAUUGUGAAAUCUCCAUCAUCUUCAUGGACAAGAACUUCUCAAACUUCAUCUCCUUCUUCAACUCUCUCUGAAGCAAUUUCAACUCGGAAAUCCAGAACUCCUAGAAAACGCCCAAAUCAAACCUACAAUGAGGCCACAGUUUUGCUAUCUACGGCAUAUCCUAAUGUUUUCUCUACCAAACAUCUCACAAAUCCACGCAAAUUCACCAAAUCACACGACUCUCUGUUCUGUGAAUCCGCUGAAUUGUUGUUACCUUUCCGAGUAAUCGAUAGCUCUGGAUUUCUCCUAAACCAACCGCUUCUACAUGAAAAACCUAAUUCCCAAAUCCAAUCGAAAUUGGCGAAUCUGUGGGAGAGUCGGCCAUGUUCCAGCCCAGGGGAGAUCGAUUUCCAACCGAAUUCAAUGGAGAUGGAAGAUUUCGAUGCCGAAUCGAUUCUCGACGAGGAAGUCGAAGAAGGAAUCGAUAGUAUCAUGGGGAAUCUGAGUGUGGAUAACCUAGAAACAGCUAAUUCAGCGCAAGAUUGUUCUAGCGAUAACCCUAAGAAUCGGAAUUGUUAUUGGAAUCCAAUCGGCUUAGGGUUCAACCAGAAAUUCGAAUUCGGAUUCGGAAUGCGGAAGGCAAUCGAACGAGCAGCAAUCCGACGAGUCGACGACGGAAACUGGUGGCGAUUUCCAACAGUCGACGUAGUCGACAUCUCUCCUAAACUAAAUCCAAAGCCACCAGCACCAACACCGACCGUCGCCUCAACUAAAAAGAAGAAGAAGAAAAUGGAGAAACUUACAGUGAUCGAAUCGAAAAAAACCGCACCGCCAAAGGAGAAAUCAUCAGAGAACCCGACGAUUCCGAAAUCUAAACCUCCUGGUUUGCUUCUGAAACUGAACUACGAAGCCGUCGCCGACGCUUGGUCCGCCCGAGGAUCUCCAUUUUCCGACAACAAUCCGGGAUCCAAAUCGGCGGGAAAUGAUGUAAAUGCCAGGCUGGCGCAGAUUGAUUUAUUUUCGGACGGUGGAGGAUUAUUGAGAGAAGCCAGUGUAUUACGGUACAAGGAGAAAAGGCGGACCCGCUUAUUCUCGAAGAAGAUCAGAUAUCAAGUCAAGAAAGUCAACGAUGAUCUACGGCCCAGAUUGAAGGGACGAUUUGUGAGAAGACCUAAUUCGAGCGCCACCGAAGAGAUAGAGAAGUAGGGUUUUAAGGCUCAAAAUGUGUGCUCUUGAGUUGUCAACCUCAGUUUUAUUAUCAAGAAAAGCUUGUCUUACCUCUUA